CCGGUUCGCUAGGCGGAGGCCGGAAGUGUUGGAUUGUAGCGGCUCUGGUAUUGGAAGCGAGUUAGUAGCGGCAGCCGAGGCAGCGAGGGGGUACCCGAAGCAAUCGGAUUCUUGCGGCUGAGCAGGGAUUUAACCACCACCAUGUCGAGCAAAAGAGCAAAGACCAAGACCACCAAGAAGCGCCCCCAGCGCGCAACUUCCAAUGUGUUUGCCAUGUUUGACCAGUCACAGAUUCAGGAGUUCAAGGAGGCCUUCAACAUGAUCGAUCAGAACAGAGAUGGUUUCAUCGACAAGGAAGACUUGCAUGACAUGCUUGCCUCCCUGGGAAAGAAUCCAACAGAUGAGUAUCUGGAUGCCAUGAUGAAUGAGGCUCCAGGUCCCAUAAAUUUUACCAUGUUUCUCACAAUGUUUGGUGAAAAGUUAAAUGGCACAGACCCAGAAGAUGUCAUCAGAAAUGCUUUUGCUUGCUUUGAUGAAGAAGCAACUGGUACCAUUCAGGAGGACUACCUGAGGGAGCUGCUGACCACGAUGGGAGAUCGGUUCACAGAUGAGGAGGUGGACGAGCUGUACAGAGAAGCACCUAUUGACAAAAAGGGGAACUUCAAUUACAUCGAGUUUACCCGCAUCCUUAAGCAUGGAGCGAAAGACAAAGAUGACUGAAAAAACUUCAGAUUCCAGCCAAACGUUCCUUGUUGCCACUUUGGGUAUUUCUGAGACUUUCUCUAAGAGCCUGUUGCAUGCCCUUAGCUUUACAGCCUUUGCCUUUCUUGUUGUAUUUAUUCUCAGCCAUUUGGGGCACAUGCAUCUCUAUAAUCAGACUGGAAAUGAGACUUUUUGUCAUUUUCAGAAUAGAAAAUAGGGUAAUUUAAUUUACCAGCUGUCCCCUCCCUCCCCCAAAUAACUGCAGUCUACACAGAGUCAAUAUAUUUUUUCAGAGAAAGUUAUUCACUCAAUUUUUUCUGAACCAUAAUUAAACUUUAUGAUAAAAACUUACUUGUUUAAAACUUCCUUAUUUAUCAAAAUUGACUUUUGUUGGUCUUGGUUGCAUCUUCUAAAGAAAGAUAGGAGUUCUCUUAUGGCACAGUGGGUUGAGAAUGCAGCAUUGUUCUGGGGCGGCUUGGGUCAAUGCUGUGGUGCAGGUUCAGUCCCUGCCCCAGGAAUUUUCAUAUGCCAUGGGCAUAGCCAAAAAAGGAAGAAAGGUAGAUGAGGCAAAUCCUAGAAAAUGCUAAUCAUGGUUAGACCCUCUCCCUUACUCCUUCCAGUUUUCCUAACAAUCCUAUCUCCUCUACUAUUAAUUCUUCUUUUCAAAGAAACCAAAUUUUAACUGCC